AUGAGUGUCUCUUCAUUCCCGCCCAGCCCAUCCGCCUCCCCAGCAAAUGAACUUGACCGGGUGAACUCGAUGCAGCAGCUUCUGAACAGCAUGGGCCGUGUACAAUAUGCUGGGCAGCCAUCGGCAGGAUAUGGCGGGACUCGCAAUGUGCAGUAUCAGCAAGGCGACCCUCCUCAGCAACCCGCCCCACAACGCUUGUAUGAACACCAAGCUGGUUUCUUCCCUGGAAGCUCUGGGUCGAUUCGGACAUCUCACAGCUCAUCGAACUCUCGUGGAGCUGACUCUUGUGAUAAUUCCUUUGGCGGAAACUCUUCUUUCCUGGGCUCGACGUCUCGUCAACAGAUCACAAGGUCAAAUAACAACGAAUAUUGUGACAAUAUGCAGAUUGUACCAGUUGGCCAACCAUCGCGUCGCCUAUCCACCAAUCGAGUCAACCACCAGCCCCAGGAUAAUAUCCAGACUCGGACCUCUCAGUCUGCCCUUGGCACACCGUUCAUACCCCUUGCGAACAAUGCACGCAGCGGUUCCAAUGGCGGGUCAUCUGGAUCAGGGUCACGGUCUCAUUCACGACUUACGACCCGUGAGGACUACCGGUUUCAAGAUGAUGUAGCAGUAGGGAUACCGAUGCGGAACUCGGAUUCCACUACGCACUCAUCUAGACUCUCGACCGCCUCGCCAAUGGCUAAUCACACUACAGCUUUUACUGAUCACAUGUCAAACUUGUGGAAGUUAGACCCUGCAUCGCGUGAAUCCUUGUCAGCGUACGGGGAGCUAACUGCUGGCACCCCCGGCCCUCAGCACCGUGGCAUGAUCUUCUCACAAGCCGCACUAUUCCACAUGCUGAUGCGGGUUGAACAACUUGAGGUCACAUCUAGUCGCAGCCUUGUCGAGAUCUCGGCGGUGAAGGCAUCCAUUCGUGUGGCGUGGUCAGUUGACGAUGGCCUGAAGAUGGAGGUUCGUGUCGUAGCACGCAAAUUUGUGUUGAAGUUCAGACGUGUCGACUUCGACUUUGUACUGGAGCUCAUGAAUCAUCUUAGACAGGAAUCAAAGAAGGACAAGUCGAUCUGGACUGUUGCAUUUUCGACUACAAUCAACGCAGACGCGCUUGAGACGGUCAUCAGAGCGGAAGUUAAGUAUGCGAAGAAUUCACUUCGUGAAUGGCUCAAGAAGACCGCUAUGCCGGACUCGCGAGAUUUUAAGUCCUUAGGCGAAGCCGUGACGAAUGCGGUCAGAGAGUUCCUAGGAAACUCCGUCGAGCCCACCGCUCAGCACGUCAUCUGGAUGGUUCUCCUUCGCGCGCACACUCGGGACGAUGGAGGCAUUGUUGUGAACCGGCCCCAGUCCAACACUCAAUCAACAUUCUAUCGUACUUCCAACACUACCGGGGACCAGGAUAACGGAUCGGACCAGGAACCUGAAGUAGAUGUUCAAACAACGACCGGCAGGACGAAACGCAAAAGGGUAUCGGCGGGCCGCGAGAAAGAUUCCUUCUUGAACAAGUUCGCAAAGUUCGUUCGUAAUCAUAACACAGAUUGGGGAUCGGAUCUUCAGACCAGUGUGGAGUGGAAAAAAUACAUAGACGAGAAGGUUGACGAAGAACGCAUUCUCCGCCCAGAUGAUCCCAUAUCCCUUCUUCCCAUGUAUGAUACACUCACGCCGUCUUCUUCUGGAGCAUCAUCCGCUCCCGUACCUCAGUUAUCUCUCACGCGAACACAGGCCCCUGCCGCUCAGACAGCAUCAUCCGCCACGGGUGGCAGCGGCAGCCUCUCGAUGGGAGCACAACUUAUGGACAUUGUCCGUCGUUUUGACUCUUAG